AUGUCUCUUCCCAACGACUUCCUUUGGGGCUUUGCCACCGCAUCUUACCAGAUUGAGGGUGCCGCUGAGAAGGACGGUCGUGGUCCUUCCAUCUGGGACACCUUCUGCGCCAUCCCCGGCAAGAUUGCCGAUGGCAGCUCCGGUGCCGUCGCCUGCGAUUCCUACAACCGCACUGCCGAAGACAUUGCCCUGCUCAAGUCCGUUGGCGCAAACACCUACCGCUUUUCCCUUGCCUGGUCGAGAAUCAUCCCUGUCGGUGGUCGCAACGACCCCAUCAACCAGGCCGGCCUUGACCACUACAUCAAGUUCGUCGACGACCUCCUUGAGGCUGGCAUCACCCCAUUCAUCACCCUCUUCCACUGGGAUCUCCCCGAUGGACUCGACAAGCGCUACGGUGGUCUCCUGAACCGUGAGGAGUUCCCUCUCGACUUUGAGCACUACGCCCGCAUCGUCUUCAAGGCCAUUCCCAAGUGCAAGAACUGGAUCACCUUCAACGAGCCUUGGUGUUCCUCCAUUCUCGGCUACAGCAGUGGCUUUUUCGCACCCGGUCACACCUCAGACCGCAGCAAGUCCGCCAUCGGUGACUCUUCCCGCGAACCCUGGAUCGUUGGCCACAACUUGCUCGUUGCCCACGGCCGCGCAGUCAAGGUCUACCGCGAGGAGUUCAAGCCCACCAAUGGUGGCCAGAUUGGUAUCACCUUGAACGGUGAUGCCACUUACCCCUGGGAUCCUGAGGACCCUGAGGACGUCGAGGCCUCUGACCGCAAGAUCGAGUUCGCCAUUUCCUGGUUCGCUGACCCAAUCUACUUCGGCAAGUACCCCGACUCCAUGCUCAAGCAGCUUGGGGACCGCCUGCCCGAGUUUACGCCCGAGGAACUCGCCCUUGUCAAGGGAUCCAACGACUUCUACGGCAUGAACCACUACACGGCCAACUACAUCAAGCACAAGACCACCCCUCCUGAGGAGGACGACUUCCUUGGUAACCUCGAGACCCUCUUCGAGUCCAAGAGCGGUGAGAACAUCGGCGAAGAGACCCAGUCUUUCUGGCUGCGCCCUAACCCCCAGGGCUUCCACAACCUCCUUGUCUGGCUCUCCAAGCGCUACGGCUACCCGCCCAUCUACGUCACAGAAAACGGUACCUCCCUCAAGGGCGAGAACGACAUGCCCCUUGAGCAGAUUCUCGAGGACGACUUCCGUGUCAAGUACUUUGACGGCUAUGUCAAGGCCAUGGCCGAUGCCCACGAGAAGGACGGUGUCAACGUCAAGGGCUACAUGGCGUGGUCCCUCAUGGACAACUUCGAGUGGGCCGAGGGCUACGAGACUCGUUUCGGCGUCACUUUUGUCGACUAUGAGAACGACCAGAAGAGAUACCCCAAGAAGAGCGCCAAGAGCCUCAAGCCCCUCUUUGACAGUCUCAUCAAGAAAGCCUAA